UACGUAAAACAUUCAGAACACUUAUUUCCAAAUUCUUUAAUGUGCCCCCAAUUUUUAUUUUCUUUUUCUCCAUCUGUGCAAUAAAAUAAAGAAAAACCGUAAUUACAAAUCCAUUCCUCUCUUUCUCCCUCUAUACACCGAAACCCUAAUUUGCGAUUCCAUGGCGGCCGCUCGUGAACGGAAUGACGAUUCUUACGAAGACGGAGGGGGUUUCGGCAAGUUUCGAAAGCGGCCGUUUCGAAGGGUGCAGGGGACGCCGUACGAUCGUCCGCCGACCGCAAUUCGGAACUCCAGCCAUGCCUACACGAAUAACAAUAAUGGUUGGUUAUCAAAGCUGGUGGAUCCGGCACAUAGGCUCAUUACUUCCAGCGCUCACAAGCUAUUUUCUUCCGUUUUUCGAAAACGACUACCUCCGCCUCCUCCUCCCCAGCCGCCGGAGCUAGAAGCAAAUGGGGGAGCGCCUGAUAAGCAGCAGGAAGCUGUUGGGAAAGAUCUACCUGGAAUACGAGGAUCAGCUAUCAAGGAAAUUGAUAAUCCAGGAAGUAGUUCUGAUGGGGUGGGACUUACUGAAUUGGAGAUCAUUUUGAAGCAGAAGACAUUUACAAGGUCUGAGAUUGAUAGAUUGACAGCUCUAUUGCAAUCAAGAACUGUUGAUGUUGAUCUACAUGUUGGAAAUCAAGAGAAGAAAUCUGAAGUUAUACCUCUGAAAGGAUUGUUUUUCCUAGAUAGGAAGGAGUUUCCAAGUACCCCUGUUAAAGACGAAGGACUUGAGAGCCACCAUGUUUCAACUGCCAAUGUACUUGAUGAGGAUGUUGCUUCACCUGCAGAGCUUGCAAAAGCUUACAUGGGUAGCAGGCCUUCAAAAAUAUCCCCAUCAGUGCUGGGUUUGCACAGUAAACCGAUGGCAGAUAAUUCAAUUGUGCAGAUUGAUCAGCUGUUCCCUUCAAAGUCACCAAUCGCGUCAGUGGUGCCAAGGUCUUCAGGUCAUGUUGUAUCUGUUGAAAAUGGUUUUCUUAGACCCAGAUCUCGAGGUCGUUCUGCCAUUUACAGCAUGGCUCGAACACCAUAUUCCAAAGUCCAAUCAACCUCUACCCCUCAGGGUUCUGGGACUGAAGCUAAUGUUCUUGGUUCACCUUCGUUUUUAUCUCAAAGCAUGCGGGAGAACAGCAGAUUUUCUGGAUCUAAACAAGGGCCUGUAAAGCGGAGGAGUUCAGUUUUGGAUAAUGAUGUGGGAUCUGUUGGUCCUAUACGUAGAAUUCGUCAGAAAUCUAACCUUGUGCCUUCUAUCACACUUUCUAUGUAUGGAAAUGGCCUUGGUUCUGAUGCUGCUCAACGUCCAUCCUUGACACAGAAGCAAGCUUUAGCAAGCGGAACAUCUAUAGAAAAUGGCGAUAAUAGUAGUCAUCAGGGUUCAAGGUUUACUCCUAUCCCCUCCAAGUCCAGUGAGAUGGCUUCAAAGAUAUUGCAGCAACUGGAUGUGUUAGUCUCAUCAAGGGAGAAAUCACCUACUAAGUUGUCAUCAUCCGCGCUACGGGGGCCAGCUCUUAGAAGCCUUGAGAAUGUAGAUUCUUCAAAGUUUGUGGAGACUGUUCAUGAUAAUAAUAAGAUGGAUGUUAAACAGGAUACAUCGCUACCUGGUGUGCGAGACUCUCUGUGUCAAAAGCAAGAUGUCGAGGGAAAUAGUCCAAAAAAAUUCAUUGCGUCUUAUGAGAAGUCAGCUUCUGAAGUAAAUGGAAUAGAUCCCACAAAUUUGGUGAAGAAUAAUACAUCUGAUCUCAAAGCAAUAUCUUUUCCUGCAAAUUCUGUUGCCCAGCCCCUGCCCCCUCCACAGAAGAAACGGGCUUUCCAGAUGAGCGCACAUGAGGAUUAUCUGGAGCUUGGUGAUGAUGACCAUUUUAGUGCAUCUGCUACACUUGCUGAAAAGAACGAGAAGCUGGUUGCAGCUUUAGCUGAAAAUAAAGCCAGUUCUGGUGAGACCAUUAAAUCGGGAAAGGUUGCAGCUUUUUCUCAAGUGGAACCCCAAGGAAGAUCCAUAUUCAACCCAAAACCUCCAGGAGCUUCCGACAGAUCUGCAGUUGCUGAAAAGAGUAGUGGAUUUUCUAUCCCAGCUUCUGCACCUUUGCCCAGCACAACAGUCCGGCAGGCUGUUGCAGAUAAGCAGGCAACUUUAACAUCUGGUAAAGCUUCAUCACCAAAUGAAUCAAGUGAUGCUCCAAUUUUUAACCUUGGGGACAAAAGUGUUUAUUCCAAAGAACCAAAUGGUAUCCCACCUGUAUGUAAUUUCAGCUCUAAAACUGUGGGUGUAGUACCACAGUUGACGUUUGCUUCCGCUUCCCCAGUUACAGGUCUAAAGUUUGGUACUUCGAGCCCUAGAUUGGAAAGCUCAAGCAGGGAGCAAUCAAAUCAUAGUUGUCAAGGAGUUGUGGCUCAGGCACAAGGCGCACCAGGCCCAAGGGUCUGUGCCUCCGAACCUCAAAGCUUUGCUUUUAAUGCUGUUGAUGCAAGGAGUUCUGGGACAAAAGAGCCUGAACCAGACACAAAUGAUAAUGGAAACAGUUUGAAGGCUGGUGCUUUCUCCAGUUCAAAUGAGACAUUGUCUUCUUCUGUCUCAAAUACAACACCAGCAAUGGGCAUAUUCUCAUUUGGCAUGCCUACAAGUACUUCAAGUUUGAAUGGGUCACUUGCAGAUUCUAUACGGUCAUUUUCUUCCCCUGAUCCAGCUCUACUUCCUGAUAACAUCGCUGGCCAAAGUUCAUCCAGCAGCUCUAACAGCAGUGUCUUUACCACUCCUAUGUCUACUACAACUCCAAACACCACCAACAGUAGCAACAUUUCUGUAUUGGCUUCAGCACCUUCCUUUGAGUCUAAAUCUGCUUUCAAAUUUGGUUCCAGUCUGGUUUCGUCCACCUCAUCAAUUUCAUUGACACCAGCACCUAGUGGUGCAGAAUUGACACAACCCAAGAAGGAAACAAGCUUUAGCGAUCUAGUGAAUGCUCCUUUUGCCAGUACAUACUCUAUAAGUACUGGAGCCAGUCUCUUUGGUGGUACAUCUUCUGCAAUAGCGAGCAUGGGCAGUAAUAUUUUCAAUGAUGCAUCAUCUGCAGUUGCAAGCACCGGAAGUAGCACUUUCACAUCCUCCUCUGUUGCAAGCACAGGCAGUGGUAUUUUUAGUUUCAAUGCUGGAUCAAGUACUUCAGUUGCAACUACUCAGUCUCAGGGUCCUUUUAGUGCUGGUAGUGCUCAGGCAUCUGGACCGGGGUCUGUUUUUUCUGCUACAACUCAGAGCAUGCCCAUUCAAUUUAGCUCAUCUGCAUCAUCUCCUUUUGGGUUGACUGCAAAUGUGGCCCCUUCUUCUGGAAGUUCCUUAUUCAGUUCUUCAACUUCUGUGAAUAAACUAUUCAGUUCUGGUGCUGCUACUUCUUUUGGAGUGGCCUCUUCUACUUCUUCAGAGGCAAACCCUGUUGGCUCCGCCUCAAGCUCCAUGUCAACAGUGUUUGGUUCUAGCUGGCAAACACCUAAAUCUCCUAUAUUUAAUUCUGGUUCUUCCUCUACUGGGUUUUCCUUUGGAGCAUCCUCAGCUUCUAAUGCUACCAGCACUGCAUCCAUGGUGUUUGCAUCACCUACUAGUGCUUCAUCUGGUACUGUUUUUUCCUUCAGCUCAGCUGCAACAGCUACUCCACAACCUGUGUUUGGUAACCCACAUCCUGCCUUUACUUUUGGGUCAUCUCCAUCUGGCAAUGGUGAUCAAGUGAACAUGGAGGACAGCAUGGCUGAGGACACAGUUCAGGCAACCACAUCUACAGUUCCUCUAUUUGGUCAACAACCAAUUGCGCCGCCAUCUUCUGGCUUUGUUUUUGGCUCUACGGCUGUGUCUGGGGGAAAUCAGUUUGGUUCCACAGCUCCAUCAGGGGGCAGUCAAUUUGGCACUACAGCUCCCUCAGGAACAAAUCCUUUUCAAUUUGCAACCCAGCCGAAUCUGGCGGCAUCACAGAACCAAUCUCCAUUUCAGGCUUCUGGUAGUCUAGAGUUCAAUGCUGCAGGGAGCUUCUCAUUGGGCUCAGGGGGUGGUGACAAGUCUGGCAGAAAAAUUAUAAGGGUCAGAAAAACUCAGCGGAAGAAGUGAACACCAAUCAUGAAGAGAAGUUGCUUUUCUCAUUAGACUGCCUGGGAGUUGCAAAUUUAUAGACAAAUAACUAUAAUGAUGAGAGUGAACAGCAUUAAUGUGUUAAUUGCUGUUGAUCAGCACAAAUUAUUCAAGUGAUGAUGCAGGUAAACCACCCUUUCCAGAUCUGGAAAUGUGCAGAGUCUGCAUGGUCUCCAGUUUCCCUCUCCUUGAGGAUGAGUUUCAUGAUCGCAAGGCAGACAUAGGUUGUCACAAUUUUGACCCAGUUUCCUUAGCAAAUCUAGGAAUAUUUGUGCUGUACUGUACUAGUAGCUCACCUGAUUGUAAGGUUGGGCAAUUUGCUAGUGACCUUCUUCUCUGUACUUGUCACAUGUAAUGUAACAUAAAAGAGAAAUUGAUGUGAAUUUGCUUAAGAAAAGCGUCAUUACUGGUUUUCACAA